AUAAAAGGAUGGAUGGGUGUGGGAACCUGAGAGUAAAAAUAAAUGGUGUAUAGUCCUCAGAUCUGCUGAUUUCUUCAUCUCAGACAAGGGAAAAAGAAUCCCCUCAGCCUUCUUUCCAGCUUUUCUUGUGGCAUAAAGAAAUCCAGAUAGGUGGAGAGCGACAUUAGUAGAGGGUAACAAUGACAACAGAGAAGGGAUUAUUGGCUGAGGCAGAAAGUCCUCCUCAGGACCAAAAGCAAGAAGCAGAGGAGGAGGUAGAAGGUUGUACAACUCAACCAGUUGGUAGCAGUUGUGAUAAGGAUCCAGAGACCGAACAGUCACAAGAUUCACCUUCCACCACCUCUCCAAGCACGCGCAAGAUCAAGGAUCGACAUUCAGAAGGAAAGGGCCUCUCUCGCCUUUUUUCCUCUUUCCUGAAGAAACCCAAGUCCCAGGUGUCUUCUGAUGAAAAGGAGGUUGAACUGUUGGAGGAAAAGGGACAAGACCAGAAGGAUGUUGAUGAGGGUUUGGGAGAGCAGCUAGAGGAUGAUGUUUUUCUGAAGGCCCCUAUUGCAGCUCCAGAGCCUGAACUACGAACUGACCCUUCACUAGACCUUCAUUCCUUAAGUAGUGCAGAAACCCAGCCAGCUCAAGAGGAACAAAAAGAAGACCAAGACCCAGAAGCAGAUUGUGAGGACGUGGAAGGAAAGGAGCAGAUAAAAAAACCUGAAGGAGAGUCAAAGGCCUCACAGAAAGUAGUUAGGCGUUCUACCAACAUGCACUGCAAAGUCACACUUCUCGAUGACACUGUUUAUGAGUGUGACUUGGAGAAACAUGCAAAGGGUCAGGACUUAUUUAAAAAAGUAUGCAGCCAUCUUAAUAUUCUGGAGGAAGAUUAUUUUGGAUUGGCAUUGUGGGAAUCUCCAACUUGCAAGGUCUGGCUUGAUCCUUUGAAGGACAUGAGGAAGCAGGUUCAUGGAGGUCCAUGUGAAUUCACUUUCAAUGUGAAGUUUUAUCCCCCAGAUCCUGCACAAUUGUCAGAGGACAUUACCAGGUACUACCUGUGUCUCCAGCUACGCAAAGAUAUUUUCAGUGGGUGUCUUCCCUGCUCAUUUGCCACUCUUGCUCUGCUUGGUUCUUAUACUGUUCAGUCAGAAGUGGGUGACUAUGAAGAGGAUCUUCAUGGUGUAGACUAUGUUAACGAAUUUAAACUCAGUCCGAAUCAGACUAAAGAUCUUGAGGAGAAGGUUGUAGAGCUUCACAAGUCAUACAGAUCUAUGACACCUGCUCAGGCUGACCUGGAAUUCCUGGAGAAUGCAAAAAAGCUUACCAUGUAUGGUGUAGAUAUUCACCAAGCCAAGGACUUAGAGGGAGUGGAUAUCAAACUUGGUGUUUGCUCUGGUGGUCUUAUGGUCUUCAAAGACAAUCUGAGGAUUAACAGGUUUCCGUGGCCCAAAGUACUGAAGAUCUCAUAUAAAAGAAGUAGUUUCUUCAUCAAAAUCCGCCCAGGAGAGCAGGAGCAAUAUGAAAGUACAAUAGGAUUUAAGCUUCCCAGCUAUAAGGCAGCAAAGAAACUUUGGAAAGUAUGUGUGGAACAUCAUACGUUUUUUAGGUUGACAUCCACAGAGUCUAUUCCCAAGCAUAGGUUUCUCUCUCUAGGAUCCAAAUUCCGCUACAGUGGGCGCACACAGGCACAGACUCGACAUGCCAGUGCUCUUAUUGAUCGACCUGCUCCCAAUUUUGUGCGCACUGGCAGCAAAAGGGCCUCCCGCAGCCUUGAUGGAGCAAAGCGAGGCCAUGUCUCAGUUCAGUUCCAUAACUUGGAAGAUGCAGAAAAUGUUAUGGAAGCAUUUGAGGUAGAGGACAAAAAGCAGUCCAUACCAACAGUCAUCUUUUAUCCAGAAAAGAUCAUAAUGGAGAACAAUGAUAGUGAUGAUGAUCACAAGUUAAAAAGCAAAAGAGAUGGAGAUGAACUUAUCCCUAUAGGGCAUAAGAAAAGAAAACAGCCAGCUGCAGUUGCAACCCCAGAAGCUUCCAGGAGCCAUCGUCCUGUAUCAGCCCCAGUCUUCCCUCAGAGAGAAGUCAUUACACAGCCUGUGGCCCAAAGAAAGACUCCAGUGCCCAGAGCAGAGGAAAUGCCCAGAAAAAUAGAAGAAAAGUCCAAAGAGAGGGUGCCAAAUCAACGGGAAAGUCCAGAGGAUGUUAAAGUUACACAACAAGAUUCUCCUUCACCUACUGUCAAUGGGGAUCAAGUUAAGCAGCAAGCUGAGAAAGAGGAUGAAAUAGUACGCAUGAGGAAGAAAAGAGCAAAGAAAUUAGAGGGUGAAAACAUUUAUAUCAGACAUAGCAAUUUAAUGUUGGAGGAUUUAGAAAAGACUCAGGAUGAGAUCAUGCGACACCAUGCUAGCAUCCGUGAGCUGAAGAAGAGUUUCAUGGAGUCUGUGCCAGCACCCCGGCCCAGCGAAUGGGACAAACGACUUUCUACCCACUCACCAUUCCGUACUCUCAGCUUCAAUGGCCAGGUCCAGACAGGGACAGAUGGGCCUCCACUAGUGAAAACACAAACCGUCACCAUCUCCAAUGCAACAAGCAGUGAAAAAGGCGAGAUUCCAACCAAGGAGGUUCCCUUGGUACAUACUGAGACCAAAACUAUCACAUAUGAAGCAGCCAGAUCUGAUGAUGUUAACAAUGACCAGGAACCUGGUAUUCUCCUAACUGCUCAUACCAUCACUUCUGAGACCACAAGUAGUACCACCACCACCCAGAUCACAAAGACUGUAAAAGGUGGCAUCUCAGAGACUCGCAUAGAGAAAAGGAUAGUCAUCACAGGUGACGGAGACCUGGAUCAUGACCAGGUCUUAGUUCAAGCCAUUAAGGAAGCAAAGGAGCAGCACCCAGAUAUGUCUGUUACCAAGGUUGUUGUUCAUCAAGAGACGGAACUAGCUGAAGAAUAACUACUUGGAGGCAGCACAGACCUUCAACAGGAUCACAAAUUAAAGACUUUCCAGAAAACCAGCAAGUUCCCUGAAGUAUCCCUCACCCCUGGAACAUUGUGUCAGCAACCACUGGAAUUUCUUUCUCUGUUUCACCUUGACCUUAACAAUCUACAUUUCUGUGUUUGAUCAAAGACUUCCUUCUCUGGGACACUGGAGCAAUUUAGAGCGUGACGCCACAGCUACAAACUCAUUAAAAAAACAUCUGUUGAAAUGGAAUGGCUUCCCAUAUCAGAAUGAAUUUUUCUAAAGGAUUUAUUUUCAUCUUCAUGUAUAGGAUAGGGAUGGAUAGGGAAUAACAAUGUUAAAGUUUGGCUUUUCUAGCUUUUCACUGUUGCUCCUACUUCAUGAGUUCAGCCAUUAGGAGCGCAAACAAACCAUUUCUUGUUCCCUUAAGAGACUUUGUUUAUACUCCAUUGCUGCGUCACUAUUUUUGCUCAUAGUGUAGAUGUGACUGUGCUGUCUUUAGAACAAAACUUACUGAAACGCAAGUUAAACCCGAGCGUUUAUGCAGUUUAGAAUAUUUUGAUAUUUUUUUUCUCAAGCACUGACUGAGCCAAAAUAUAUUUAAGUACUUUUUCAUGUUUUAACAAGUGCGUGCUUUGUAAUCUCUUUGAACUGACGUGGUUCUUUUUCUUUUCUAGGAUGUGCUUACUGGCUUUUAAAUCUGUCCAGCCCCCAUGUUACACUGAGAGGUACAUAUACCUUCUACCCUCCCACCAACCCACAUACAUACAUACACUUUCAUGCACACAUACAUUAGUGAAUUGAGAUGAGGACAAAUGUAUUUUGUAGCUAUAGUUUUUCUUUAGAAAAGCAUAAUCCAUCCCAUGUUAGAAAGUGGAUGUGAUGCGUGAAAAAGUGAUUAAUGGCAAUGGCAGCCAGUUGUGCAAAUAGGCAACUUUUUCUUCUGUUCUCUGCGUUGCCCAUUUAACCUUUGUCUCAUCCCUUGAGGGGGUUUCCUAUAAUUCUUUUACAUGUGUUGCCAGGGUUCCAGGGGUAGGGACUUCUAUAAUUAAACAGGAAAAAUGAGUGAAAAUUGCUUUUCUAACCAUUUUCUUAAUAUAUUUACAAUAACAGAAUCUCAUUCACAAAAAUCCAAAAAAACCUCAUGAUGUAUUAUUUUCUACUUUUAAAUAAUGAAGGAUAUUUGUAAAUGUGGUUUUAAUCUCAUUUUUAUAUAUCUAAACAAAUUGUGAUAGGUUGUAUUUUAGCACAUUUUAAUGGCUUUAAAGAUGUGAAGAAGUAAAAACCAUUGUUAUGUUGCAAGUUUACCCAUUGAGAUGAAUAUUUGUAGCUUUGGAAAUGUGGUUUUCUUUUUCAAUACAAUUUUGGUGAAUCAAA